AUGAACAAGAUCCGCUCGUUCUUCAGCAGACCCUCCCCCUUAGCCUUCCAAAUCUUAUCUGACCUACACCUGGAAGUCGGCCAGCAAUACUCCUCUUUCGUGAUUCCACCGUCAGCGCCAUACCUCAUUCUUGCAGGUGAUAUUGGUCGUCUCAUCGACUACGAGUCGUACCUGGCAUUCCUUGCCAAACAGGCUGCACAAUUCGAACACGUCUUCCUCAUCCUUGGAAACCAUGAGUUUUACGGUCUCUCAUUUCUUGCGGGACUAGAAAGGGCGCAAAAACUAGAGAGUGAGGCAGUCUUGAAUGGAAAGUUAGUAUUGCUGCAUCAAAAGCAUUUCAACAUCCCAAAUUCCAAUAUCACGAUUCUGGGAUGUACGCUUUGGUCCAGAGUGUCUGAGGAUGCCAGGGAAAUGGUUCGAAUGAAAGUUAAGGAUUUCGAGAAGAUUGAGGGAUGGACUGUUGAUGAUCACAAUGCUUCCCACGAGGCUGAUCUCACGUGGUUACGCCAUCAAGCCCUAGAGAUUCAGCGGCAGAAUAAAUCAAUAGCGAAGGGUGAGCGGGUUAGGAACAUACUUGUUGUCACGCACCAUGCGCCUUCGAUGCAAGAGACGUCGAGCCCGAAGGAUGUAAGCAACCCAUGGAGUUCUGCGUUUGCGACUGACCUACUCGGGGACGCAAGUUGGGAUAAGGUGAAGGUGUGGGUAUUUGGACAUACUCAUUUUACGACACAGUUUGAGAGGAAUGGAAUCAAAGUCUUAAGUAACCAGAGGGGAUAUGUGCUCCCUGGGAGUAGGGAAGAAAAAAGUGGGGAGAGGGAUGGGAAGAAGGUGUUUGAUGUGCGGAGGGUGGUCCAUACCGAAUUGUAG